AUGCCUCCCAAGAAAACCGAACGGUCCCUCCGUUCGCAAUCAGCUCGACCCCCGACUUCCCGUGGCGGUGCACCUGGUGAUGGAAGCCCUGUGCCUGCAGCUACGCCGCCUGGCCCUCCGAGUAGGGUCCCCUUCUCUUCCAUUCCCGCUCCGCCAUCCAACCCGGUGGCCUCCAGAACCCCCGGCAACCCGACGCCGGCAACCCAGGAGUUGGUCUCCGCCCUCACCACCGCCCUUAGGGCAGCCUUCCCGGAGGCGCCCCCUCCCCGACGUGCUUGUGUGUCCGAGACUGCCCAGCCCGUCCCCCUCACGACGACCGACGACGACGAAGAGGACCUCCUUUUUAGGGGGUACCCCUCCAGCCAGGAUCCCGCAGGCCGCUACCGGGCCCGGAUACCUGACGACUCCGACCACAGCAGCAGCAGCAGUGGGGACACCCCACCGCGUCGAGACCGCCAGUACCCCAGGCACAUCCGUCCCUCCCGUGCCCCAACUGGCAGCCGCGGUCAGCGGCUCUUCACCACUCAUGACCCCCCCACCCGCCGGGACUUCCGCAAUGCCCUCCUGUACGUCGACCGGGCCAGCCGGCAGUCACGGUUCUUUGGAACCCGUGACGUCGUCGAGCUCCAAACCUUGGAGCUCUUCCUCCAGCUCUGGGACUCUGACCCCCCCCUCCGUGCUUCAGCGAAGCUUAAAGUGUUUGACCGUGUCAGACUUCUCUACCACGUCGCCCUCACGGGGUGGCAGGCCGCACUCCAAGGGUACGCCGACCCGACGGCCUCCUACCUUUUGGGACCGACUAUGGCAAUCUGA